AUGGCUAGAGGAGCUGGUGCCGCAUCCUCUCCCACGGCCGCGACACCUCCCUCCGCAGCGCUGAAACAAUCCACCUCGAGCACGCAGAAUAUGAAAAAUCAGAAGUCUAUUCUCGGGUUCUUUCAAAAGUCGUCCCCGUCAACUCCAUCUACUGCUCGGAAUGCUGAGCCUGCCUCGUCUCCGGCGCAGAGAGUCUCGGAGCAGCGCGAGGCGACUUCUGGCAAAGGCACAUCGAAGCGAGAGAGGAAGGCCGUUCCCAAAUUUACGCAAAACUUGACGCCUGUCCCAAGCAGUGAUCUUGUUGUUCCUGAUGAAGAGGAUGAGAAGGUUUUGGGAAGCACCAAAGACGACCUAGCACAGAAGACUGCUUCUCCGUCGCGUCGGGCUAAGAAACAGGUCAGCUAUGCUGAGUCUGAGUCCGAGGGUGAAGACGACGAUGAUGUGAUCUUCGCCCCGAAUCGGCGGAAUAGUCGUGCUUCAAAAAAGAGAAAGACCUCCCCAGAGCCUGAAGAUGAGUUUGAGCAAGCUGGUGAGGUCGGAUAUUCAGAUGAUGAGUUUGAUGAUUUUAUCGUUGCAGACGAAUCAGAUGAGGAAGUACAGCCAUCAAAGAAGCGCAAAAGACCAUCCAAAGCGCCGACUCGCAAAUCUUCUAUCCCUGUCCCACCAUCUCCAGGAGAAGACCUCGAUCUCGAUAUUCCAGACGCUGUCGGAGGCACUGCUGUGAAGUGGACAUAUGACCCUGAGAAUCAAGAACCUCGCCAACAUCGCACUAUACAAGCACCCUCAAAAAGUUCGGCUACGCCAGCCAAGCAGAAAGCACAUCUCAAGGAACCAGAAGACCGCUACCCUUGGCUUGCAAACAUCCGGGAUAUGGAUGGGCACCCACCGAACCAUCCCGACUAUGAUCCUCGUACUAUCUAUAUACCUCCCUUGGCGUGGUCCAAAUUCUCUCCCUUUGAAAAGCAAUACUGGGAGAUCAAGCAGAAGUUUUGGGACACUGUUGUAUUCUUCAAGAAGGGCAAGUUUUACGAACUGUAUGAGAACGAUGCUACUAUCGGUCAUCAACUGUUUGAUCUCAAACUUACGGAUCGGGUGAACAUGCGGAUGGUCGGCGUCCCUGAGAUGAGCUUGGAUCAUUGGGCAAACCAAUUCGUAGCCAAGGGGUUCAAGAUUGCACGUGUGGAUCAGUCCGAGUCCGCACUCGGCAAAGAAAUGCGUGAAAGAGAUGGGAAGAAGGCUGGCGGAAAAGAAGACAAAAUCAUCAAGAGAGAGUUGUCCUGCGUCCUUACGGCUGGCACGUUGGUCGAGGGCUCAAUGCUCCAGGAUGAUAUGUCUACUUACUGUGUUGCGAUCAAAGAGGCGAUAAUAGAAGAUCAUCCUGCUUUUGGAAUUGCGUUCGUCGAUACAGCCACCGGCCAAUUCUCUCUGUCAGAGUUUGGCGAUGAUGCCGACAUGACCAAGUUUGAAACUUUUGUUGCUCAGACUCGACCGCAAGAACUCCUUUUGGAGAAGUCAACGAUCUCAACAAAAGCUCUGCGCAUUCUGAAAAACAAUACCGGUCCUACUACGAUAUGGAACCACUUGAAGCCUGGGAAGGAAUUCUGGGAGGCUGACAUUACGGUAAAGGAGCUUGAUGCCAGCGACUAUUUCGUCUCUCAGGAUGACGAUAAUUUGCAAGCAUGGCCCGAGACCCUCCGAGAGGCCCGGGCGAAGGAGUUAGCCAUGUCUGCAUUUGGAGCUUUGGUGCAAUAUCUAAGAAUGCUGAAGCUUGACCGCGAUCUGAUCACGAUCGGCAACUUCUCAUGGUACGAUCCUAUCAGGAAGACUUCGAACUUGGUCCUAGAUGGACAGACACUGAUAAACAUGGAAAUCUUCGCAAACUCGUUUGACGGUGGCUCUGAGGGAACGCUGUUCCAGCUUUUGAAUCGCUGUAUCACCCCCUUUGGCAAACGCAUGUUCAAGCAGUGGGUCUGCCAUCCUUUGAUGGACGCGAAGAAGAUCAACGCAAGACUAGAUGCAGUCGACGCUCUCAACGCUGACUCGAGCAUAAGGGAUCAGUUUUCCUCGCAACUGACCAAGAUGCCAGACCUCGAACGGCUCAUCUCUCGUAUCCAUGCAGCCAAUUGUAAAGCUCAGGAUUUUGUUCGUGUGCUGGAAGGGUUUGAGCAGAUCGAAUACACGAUUAGCCUACUCAAGGACACUGGCUCAUCCGGAGAAGGUGUGAUUGGCCAACUAAUCAAUGCGAUGCCCGACUUAGGCUCUUUGCUAGAGUACUGGAAAACGGCAUUUGACCGCAACAAGGCCAAAGAGAAUGGCAUCUUGGUUCCCAAACUGGGUGUUGAGGAGGAUUUUGACAACUCUCAAGAGUCGAUUGAACAGUUGCAUCGGGAUCUGGAUAAUCUCCUCAAGAGAGUUCGCCGCGAAUUGGGCUCAACAGCCAUUUGUUAUCGCGACAAUGGCAAGGAAAUCUACCAACUGGAGGUGCCUGUCAAAGUGAAGAAUGUUCCUAAGAACUGGGACCAGAUGUCUGCAACGAAACAGGUGAAGCGCUAUUACUUCCCGGAGUUGAGAUCUCUUAUUCGGAAAUUGCAGGAGACGCAGGAGACGCACAGUCACAUCGUCAAGGAAGUCGCUGGUCGAUUCUACGCACGAUUUGACGAGCAUUACACAACGUGGCUUGCAGCUGUCCGGAUUGUCUCACAAUUAGACUGCCUGAUCAGUUUGGCGAAAGCUUCGUCUUCUCUCGGCCACCCAAGCUGUCGUCCAGUCUUCGUUGAGGAUGGCCGGAGUGUUCUUGAGUUCGAGGAGCUUCGGCAUCCAUGUCUUCUCUCAUCUGUAGAAGAUUUCAUCCCCAACGAUGUCCGUCUGGGAGGCGAGCGUCCCAAUAUCAACCUUUUGACUGGAGCCAACGCUGCUGGUAAAUCCACAGUUCUUCGAAUGUCCUGCGUCGCAGUCAUUAUGGCUCAAAUUGGCUGUUAUCUGCCUUGUAAAUCAGCCCGGUUGACGCCCGUGGAUCGUAUCAUGUCACGGCUGGGAGCGAAUGACAACAUUUUUGCAGCCCAAUCUACGUUCUUCGUGGAACUUUCCGAGACGAAGAAAAUCUUAUCUGAAGCUACGCCUAGAUCUCUUGUCAUUCUGGAUGAGCUGGGCCGUGGUACCAGCUCUUAUGACGGCGUCGCUGUCGCCCAGGCAGUAUUGCACCACAUUUCCUCCCACAUUGGUGCGAUGGGCUUCUUCGCAACUCACUACCAUUCCCUUGCUGCCGAAUUUGAGGGUCAUCCUGAAAUCACACCUAAACGUAUGAGAAUCCACGUUGAUGACCAGGAGAGACGCAUCACUUUCCUCUAUAAGUUGGAAGAUGGCGUCGCGGAGGGUAGUUUCGGCAUGCACUGCGCCUCCAUGUGCGGUAUCCCCAAUAAGAUCAUUGAGAGAGCCGAGGUUGCUGCGAAGCAAUGGGAGCACACCAGUCGCCUCAAGGAGAGUCUCGAACGCCGGAAGGGUGGCGGCUUCAUCGGCUUGGGAUGGUGGAGUGAUGUCGCCUGGGCUCUCCGCGAGUCGACUGGUGACGCUGUUAGCAGCACCGACAGUGUCUCUGACCUCAGCCUGGAAGUACUUCGCAAAGCUAUCGAAACUUUGUGA